AUCCGCAAGUUUGACUCUUCAGAGUUGCUGUAGUCCAGGAAGUAAUGUUUCACAACGAACUGUCUUGCGGUGCCUUGACGUUCACAGAUUGACUGACAUCCAGUGGGGGGGUUGUGUAAACGGAGCUUAACCGGUUCUGUCCACCAACAAAAUGCGACUUCUAAAAGCAGGACUAACCUUGGGUCAAACACAUUUAAGGAAACGGGGAACACUGACAUUAAAAAAGGUGUUGAUUAACAGUUGUCGGUCGUGCUCCUCUGGUAUCGUUCCCAAUGAAAGAAUCCGCAACAUCGGAAUCUCGGCGCACAUCGACUCGGGGAAGACCACACUCACCGAGCGCGUCCUCUUCUACACGGGCAGGAUAGCAGAGAUCCACGAGGUAAAGGGAAAAGAUGGAGUCGGAGCCACCAUGGACUCGAUGGAGCUGGAGAGGCAGAGAGGCAUCACCAUCCAGUCAGCUGCCACAUACACCAUCUAUAAGGAUUACAACAUCAACAUCAUCGACACCCCAGGCCAUGUGGACUUCACCAUCGAGGUGGAGCGAGCCCUGCGUGUUUUGGACGGGGCGUUCCUGGUCCUAUGUGCGGUUGGAGGGGUCCAAUGCCAGACCCUGACCGUGAACAGACAAAUGAAACGCUACAACGUUCCCUUCCUCACCUUCAUCAACAAGCUGGACCGCAUGGGAGCCAACCCCAACCGCGCCCUGCAGGCCAUGAGGACCAAGCUGAACCAUAAUGCAGCCUUUGUGAACAUCCCCAUCGGUCUGGAGGGGAACGUGAAGGGCAUCAUAGACCUCAUAGAGGAGCGCAGCAUGUACUUCGAGGGCCCAUUCGGACAGAAUAUCCGGUUGGAUGAGAUCCCGGCGGAGUUCCGUGUGGAGGCUGCAGACAGCAGACAGGAGCUGGUGGAGUGUGUGGCUGACGCUGACGAGACCCUGGGAGAGAUGUUUCUGGAGGAGAGGAUCCCCACCGUGCCAGAACUCAAGGCAGCCAUACGCAGGGCCACAGUGCAGCGCCUCUUCAGCCCCGUGCUGGUGGGAACUGCCCUGAAGAACAAGGGGGUCCAGCCUCUAUUGAACGCAGUGCUGGAUUAUCUUCCCAACCCCACAGAGGUCAAUAACUACGCCCUCUUCAACGAUGAGGAGUCCAGUGACAGCAUUAAGAUCCUGAUGGAUCCAACCAGAGACGCCUCGCAGCCCUUCGUUGGCCUGGCCUUCAAACUGGAGGCGGGUCGGUUUGGUCAGCUGACGUACGUGCGUGUGUACCAGGGCUGUCUGAAGAAGACUGAGUACAUCGUCAACACACGCACAGGCAAGAAGGUCCGUGUGCAGAGGCUAGUGCGUCUCCAUGCCGACCAGAUGGAGGAUGUGGAGGAGGUGUAUGCAGGGGACAUCUGUGCCCUAUUUGGGAUCGACUGUGCCAGCGGAGACACCUUCACCUCCCGGACCAGCGCCAACCUCUCCAUGGAGUCCAUCCACAUACCAGAGGCUGUCAUCUCCAUGUCUAUGAAGCCGUCCAACAAGAAUGACACGGAUAAGUUCUCUAAAGGCAUCAACCGCUUCACCAGAGAAGACCCCACGUUCAGGGUCCACUUUGACACAGAAAGCAAGGAGACUAUCAUCUCUGGUAUGGGAGAGCUGCACCUGGAGAUCUACUCACAGAGGAUGGAGAGAGAGUACAACUGCCCCUGUGUGAUGGGAAAGCCCAAGGUAGCCUUCAGGGAGAGCGUGACCAGUGCGGAACCGUUUGACUUUACCCAUAAGAAGCAGUCUGGUGGUUCUGGGCAGUACGGUAAAGUGAUAGGAUUUCUUGAACCUCUGGACCAAGAAAACUACACAAAAGUGGAGUUUGAAGACCAGACUGUUGGAACCAACAUCCCCAAACAGUUUGUGCCGGUUGUUGAGAAGGGAUUCAGAGAGGCCUGUGAGAAAGGCCCUCUGACUGGUCACAAGAUCUCAGGCGUCAAGUUCCUAUUGGAAGACGGAGCGCAUCACAUGGUGGACUCGAAUGAGAUCUCCUUCAUCCGUGCAGGGGAGUCCAAACUGAACUACACUCUCUACACGCUCUUAAACAAGGUGGCCAUGGAGAAGGCCAACGCUGCCGUGCUGGAGCCAAUCAUGUCAGUAGAAAUUGUGGCGCCCGAUGAGUUCCAAGGGACAGUCAUCGCCGGGGUCAACCGUCACCAUGGCGUUAUCAGUGGGCAGGAUGGGGCAGAGGGCUACUUUACGCUGUAUGCUGAUAUUCCACUGAAUGACAUGUUUGGUUACGCCACAGAGCUCCGGUCCUGUACAGAGGGGAAAGGAGAGUACACCAUGGAGUAUAGCAGAUACCAGCCAUGUCUGCCCAGCACUCAGGAGGAGCUCAUCAACAAAUACCUGGAGUCAACGGGACAGCUGCCUGCCAAGAAGGGGAAGAACUGAGGAUGGACAACACACACCAUCAAUGAAUUGUAAACACAUUACAGAGCGGUUGAAUGGAGAUGAAGGUUGGGACUAAUAACAAUAACUAAUGUAAAACAUACGGUGUGCAUAAAACGUAUAUAGGUUAAGAACUUCUGUGAAAGAGCAUAGUUUGAAAGAUAUGGCAAAUAAAAAUCUAACCGGAUGUACAUCAGAAAUAGAUGGGAGAGGUUGAGGAAGGACAGGAGUAAAAACAAACAAAAUAGAACUAUUGUAAAAUAGACUGUCCAUAAAAUGUAUAUAGUAUGUAGAAGCUGGAAGUAGAAGCCUAAGUGUUGUUUACUCCAAUUAGGGUAGGGGUGGUAGGGUUAGAAAGUAAUGAAGGAAACUAAUGUUUAAGAUAUCUAUGUACCAGUCAAAAGUUGACACCUACUCAUUCAAGUUUUUUUUCUGCUAUAUUGUAGAAUAAUAGUGAAGACAUCAAAACUAUGAAAUGGCACAUGUGGAAUCAUGUAUUAACCAAAAAGUGUUAAUUUUAUAUUUGAGAUUCUUCAAAGUAGCCACCCUUUGCCUUGAUGACAGCUUUGCA